AAAGUAGGUCUUUGUGCGGCUCUUUACGACACGUCGUGCUUGGAAGACUCCGGCCGUAAAGUAGGCUCGAGCGGGCCAGGCCAAGGCCGCGGACCAAGCUGCUAUGGCGGACAUGGAAGAUCUCUUCGGGAGUGAAGCUGAAAGCGAGGCCGAGCGCAAAGGUUCCGAUUCUGGGUCUGACUCGGACUCUGACCAGGAUAACGGAGCCUCCGGCAGCAAUGCCUCUGGCAGCGAAAGUGAUCAAGAUGAAAGAGGCGAUGCCGGCCAGCCCAGCAACAAGGAACUGUUUGGGGACGACAGUGAGGACGAGGGGGCCUCUCACCACAGUGGCAGCGACAAUCACUCUGAACGGUCAGAUAAUAGGUCGGAGGCUUCUGAGCGCUCUGACCACGAGGAUAAUGAGCCCUCUGACGUGGAUCAGCACAGUGGCUCUGAAGCCCACAACGAUGACGAGGAUGAGGGCCCCAGGUCGGACGGAGAGAGCCGCCAUUCAGAGGCAGAAGGUUCUGAAAAAGCACAGUCAGAUGAUGAGAAAUGGGACGGGGAGGAUAAAAGUGACCAGUCAGAUGACGAAAAGCUGCAGAACUCUGACGCCGAGGAGGAGCGGGAGCCAGGGUCCGAUGAAGACAAGCUCCAGAACUCUGAUGACGAUGACGACGACGACGACGACGAUGACGAGGAGGAGGAGAAAAUGCAGAACUCAGACGAUGAGGACCGGGCCCAGCUUUCUGAUGAUGACAGACACCAGCUGUCUGAGGAGGAAAAGGGGAAUUCUGACGAUGAGCAUCCGGUAGCUUCUGACAACGAUGAGGAGAAGCAGAACUCGGACGACGAGGACCGGCCACAGGUGUCCGAUGAGGAGAAGAUGCAGAACUCGGAUGAUGAAAGGCCACAAGUCUCGGAUGAAGAUCGGAGGCACUCAGACGAUGAGGAGGAGCAGGACCAGAAGUCAGAAUCCGCAAGAGGCAGUGACAGUGAAGACGAAGUUUUACGAAUGAAGCGCAAGAAUGCGAUUCCAUCUGACUCAGAGGCGGACAGCGACGCUGAGGUGCCCAAAGAUAACAAUGGAACCAUGGAUCUGUUCGGAGGUGCAGAUGACAUAUCUUCAGGGAGUGAUGGAGAAGAUAAGCCCCCGACUCCAGGACAGCCUGUGGAUGAAAAUGGCUUGCCUCAGGAUCAGCAGGAGGAGGAGCCGAUACCUGAGACCAGAAUAGAAGUGGAGAUCCCCAAAGUGAACACGGACUUGGGCAAUGAUUUAUACUUUGUUAAACUGCCCAACUUCCUCAGCGUAGAGCCCAGGCCUUUUGAUCCUCAGUAUUAUGAAGAUGAAUUUGAAGACGAGGAGAUGCUGGAUGAAGAAGGGAGAACCAGGUUAAAACUGAAGGUCGAGAACACUAUACGCUGGAGGACACGCAGAGAUGAAGAAGGAAACGAAAUUAAAGAAAGCAAUGCACGGAUCGUCAAGUGGUCAGAUGGAAGCAUGUCCCUGCAUUUAGGGAAUGAAGUGUUUGAUGUAUACAAAGCCCCACUGCAGGGUGACCACAACCACCUUUUCAUAAGACAAGGUACUGGGCUUCAGGGGCAGGCCGUCUUUAAAACGAAGCUCACCUUCAGGCCUCACUCUACAGACAGUGCCACACACAGGAAGAUGACUCUGUCACUUGCGGAUAGAUGUUCAAAGACACAGAAGAUUAGAAUCUUACCAAUGGCUGGCCGUGACCCUGAGUGCCAGCGCACAGAGAUGAUUAAGAAAGAAGAAGAACGCCUGAGGGCCUCCAUCAGGAGGGAGUCACAGCAGCGUCGGAUGAGAGAGAAGCAGCACCAGCGGGGGCUGAGCGCCAGCUACCUGGAGCCAGAUCGCUACGAUGAGGAGGAGGAAGGCGAGGAGUCGGUCAGCCUGGCUGCCAUUAAAAACCGCUACAAAGGGGGCAUCCGCGAGGAACGAGCCAGAAUCUACUCCUCAGACAGCGAUGAGGGCUCGGACGAAGACAAAGCUCAAAGAUUACUCAAAGCAAAGAAACUCAACAGUGACGAGGAAGGUGAAUCUUCUGGAAAGAGGAAAGCAGAAGACGAUGAUAAAGCGAAUAAAAAGCAGAAGAAGUAUGUGAUCAGUGAUGAAGAGGAAGAAGAAGAUGACUGAACUACAAACUGUGAAUGCAUUUUAUAUAUUUAUUGUACAGCUUGUCUAUAAAUAUGAUGUAAACAUGAGUUAUUUUGAUUGAGAUUAAUUGAUCUGUUUGUGAAAUUUUAAUUGUAAUAAAACAUUUAAGGCAA